UUGACUAAUGUGUGUAAGAGCAGGUGGUGCUUUGCGGACUCUCAGAGGGUUUCGAGUGUUCUGCUACAAAUAUGGAUCCGAUCACACCAACCACAGACGAUUACUGGCAGGACUAUGAGGAAUAUGAGGACGAUAACAUCUCGUCCUCUGACACGAGCAGGGCCCGUGCGGCUCCAUGCUUGCAGGGGGACAUCUACGGGUUUGCACAGAGGUACUCCCCCGUGGUGUACACCCUGGUGUUCCUCCUGGCUGUCGUGGGCAACGUGCUGGUGCUGUGUGUGAUCCGACGCUACCGAAAAUCACAGAGCGGCGGCGCCUGCGCCUUCUCUCUGACCGACACCUUCCUCCUUCACCUGGCCAUCUCGGACCUCCUGCUGGCCUUCACCCUGCCCAUGUUCGCUGUGCAGUGGGCUCACCAGUGGGUGUUUGGUUUGGCAGCAUGCAAGAUCUCCGGCGCCCUCUUCUCACUGAACCGAUACAGUGGCAUCCUCUUCCUGGCCUGCAUCAGCUUCGACCGCUACCUGUCCAUCGUGCAUGCAGUCAGCUCCGGCUGGAGGCGCAACACCUUACAUGCCCAAGUUGUAUGCGCCCUCAUCUGGGUGGUCUGCCUGGGCCUGAGUGGGGUGGACAUUAUUUUUAAACAGGUGAUGAGUGUGAACACCUCGGGCCAGCAGAGUGUGCUCCUGUGUCAUUUGUGGUUUGAAGAUAACUCCACACAGUGGCAGGUGGGGCUGCAGCUGCUCAGUGUGGUUCUUGGCUUCGGGCUCCCCCUGCUGGUCAUGCUCUACUGCUACAUCCGCAUCUUCAGGUCCCUGUGCAAUGCCACUCGCCGCCAGAGGCGCAAGUCCCUCCGCCUCAUCAUCUCCCUGGUGUCUGUGUUCCUCAUCUGCUGGGCACCGUACAACUGCUUCCAGCUGGCGGACAGUCUGCACAAGCUGGGGCUGGUGGCCGGAGGCUGCCAGUUCGGCCGCGUUGUGGACAUUGGGACUCUGAUCACUGAGAGUCUGGGUCUGUCGCACUGCGCCCUCAACCCUCUGCUGUACGGCUUUGUGGGGGUGAAGUUCAGGAGGGAGCUGGUUAGGAUGUUCAAGGGGCUGCUGGGACCGAGAGGCCUUCUGGGGAUGAAGGAAUGGAAGCCGAGGAGGCCCAGGGGCUCGUUUAGCUCAGCAGAAAGUGAAAACACCUCCAUCUCUGUCAUGGUGUGACACUGGUUAGAGAGACCAUAAGAAAGAGGGAGAUCUGUGACGGAUUUGAUGAAAGGGACUAAAUAAAAACAUAUGCUGUUGAAAUGUUCUCAGGGGCUAAAAGCUUUCUGCCCUACAACUUCUCUACCACCUUAGUUUCGGUGAUGUAUUUCUUUGCCACGUGCAGCUACAACAUAUUGUUUCUUCUUGCUUCCAAGAAUGCUGUUGUAAAAUCAUGAAGUGAGAGUGGGACGAAGAGAACAACAGACUGUCUUAUCCCACACUGUCAAUGGUUGUGAGAACGUUUGUGUCCACUGGUGAAAUUCAGUGAAAUAUCCAGAUUUCUUCAUACUCACACAAAAGCUUGCUCAGCAUUAAAGCUGGCGCCUGUGGCUUCUGUCGUCUGACUCGUAUCUCACGUCCUCAGCAGAUUCUCUUCUCAUCAGUAUCUACUUUAGUUUGCAGCUGAUAAAACAGGGAAAAUCGUUUUGUAAUUUGUACGUGUUGAAAUUCAUCUAGUUGCCGCCGCAUGUUUCAAGAUCUUAGUCUUUGCUCCAAAGACAAAAUAACUUAAAUAUUUUGUAUGUGUGACAUUACAAACCAAAAUCCUUCGUGAGGUAUACAAAGAUUUGUAUAAUAAAUAUUUUGUAAUAAAAAACAAA